GCGCGUCCCCCGCGCCCCCAGCCCCUUGUGUCCUUUCCACGGACCCCGCCGCAGCCAUGGCCACCCUUUUACGCAGCAAGCUGUCCAACGUGGCCACAACAGUGUCCAACAAGUCCCAGGCCAAGGUGAGCGGCAUGUUCGCCAGGAUGGGUUUUCAGGCGGCCACCGACGAGGAGGCGGUGGGUUUUGCUCACUGCGACGACCUCGACUUUGAGCACCGUCAGGGCCUGCAGAUGGACAUCCUGAAAACCGAGGGCGAGCCCUGCGGGGACGAGGGCGCCGAGCCGCCCGUCGAGGGAGACAUCCAUUACCAGCGCGGCGGAGGCGCGCCCCUGCCGCCCUCGGGCUCCAAGGACCAGGCUCUGGGGGCCGGUGGCGAGUUCGGGGGCCACGACAAACCCAAGAUCACGGCGUGGGAGGCGGGCUGGAACGUGACCAACGCUAUCCAGGGCAUGUUCGUGCUGGGCCUGCCCUACGCCAUCCUGCACGGCGGCUACCUAGGGUUGUUCCUCAUCAUCUUCGCCGCCGUGGUGUGCUGCUACACCGGCAAGAUCCUCAUCGCGUGCCUGUACGAGGAGAACGAGGACGGCGAGGUGGUGCGCGUGCGGGACUCGUACGUGGCCAUCGCCAACGCGUGCUGCGCGCCGCGCUUCCCGACGCUGGGAGGCCGCGUGGUGAACGUGGCGCAGAUCAUCGAGCUGGUGAUGACUUGCAUCCUGUACGUGGUGGUCAGCGGCAACCUCAUGUACAACAGCUUCCCGGGGCUGCCCGUGUCGCAGAAGUCCUGGGCCAUUAUCGCCACCGCCGUGCUGCUGCCCUGCGCCUUCCUUAAGAACCUCAAGGCGGUGUCCAAGUUCAGCCUGCUGUGCACUCUGGCCCACUUCGUCAUCAACAUCCUGGUCAUCGCCUACUGCCUGUCACGGGCACGCGACUGGGCCUGGGAGAAGGUCAAGUUCUACAUCGACGUCAAGAAGUUUCCCAUCUCCAUUGGCAUCAUCGUGUUCAGCUACACGUCCCAGAUCUUCCUGCCUUCGCUGGAGGGCAACAUGCAGCAGCCCAGCGAGUUCCACUGCAUGAUGAACUGGACUCACAUCGCCGCCUGCGUGCUCAAGGGCCUCUUCGCGCUGGUCGCCUACCUCACCUGGGCCGACGAGACCAAGGAGGUCAUCACGGAUAACCUGCCCGGUUCCAUCCGUGCCGUGGUCAACAUCUUCCUGGUGGCCAAGGCGCUGUUGUCUUACCCGCUGCCCUUCUUCGCUGCUGUGGAGGUGCUGGAGAAGUCGCUCUUCCAGGAAGGCAGCCGCGCCUUCUUCCCGGCCUGCUACGGCGGCGACGGGCGCCUCAAAUCGUGGGGGCUGACGCUGCGCUGUGCGCUGGUCGUCUUCACGCUGCUCAUGGCCAUCUACGUGCCGCACUUCGCGCUGCUCAUGGGCCUCACCGGCAGUCUCACGGGCGCCGGCCUCUGCUUCCUGCUGCCCAGCCUCUUCCACCUGCGCCUGCUCUGGCGCAAGCUGCUGUGGCACCAAGUCUUCUUCGAUGUCGCCAUCUUCGUCAUCGGUGGCAUCUGCAGUGUGUCCGGCUUCGUGCACUCGCUUGAGGGCCUCAUCGAGGCCUACCGAACCAACGCGGAGGACUAGGGCGGGAGGGCUCCCGCGCUCCCGCGCCCUUCCCACCCUCCCCACCCACCCCCACCAGCCCUGUG